AUGAAGAGGUUUGAUAGUGGUGCAAUUCAAAUUGAACAAGCAAACCAAACUCAAAAUGUGAGUGACAAUGGUAACAUUGAAAAUAUAGUUGUUCCAAUUGCAGAAGACCCAAUUUUGGAACAAAAACCAGCAGAAAAUUUAAAUAUUUUAAACCAGGCACGGGUUGAAACCAAAAUCUCAUUACAGGAAAAUGCAGACUCUAAUCAUCAUGCAUAUCCUUAUUGUUUCUUAAAUAAAUCUCUUGCAAAUGGAGAAACAUGCAAAAGAGACUGGUUAUGCUGGAGUGUUGAAAAACAAUCUCUGUAUUGUGCGCCAUGUUUUCUUUUUAACAAAAAUGCUGCAAAUGUGUCAUUUUUCUCUAGUUCUGCCGGAUGGGGCAUCAGUAGAGGUUGGAGAAGAUUGAAAAAUCGUAUUCCGUCGCACGAAAGUUCAAUUUACCAUAAAGAAAACUAUGUUGUAUGGAAAUCUGCUAGUAGAGCAGCAUUAUGUGAAACUUCAGUGGAUAAUUUACUUUUAUCAAAACUCAAGACUGAAACUGAAAAUUGGAAAAAAUUAUUUCAACGUAUUCUAGAUGUUAUUUUUCUUUCUGAACGUGGAUUAGCACUUUUUGGUUCUAACCAACGAAUAGGUGAUCGAGCGAAUGGAAACUUUUUAGGUAUUACUGAGCUUCUUAGCAAAUAUAACCCACUUUUAGCUGAGCAUGUUAAACAUGUUCGAGAAUCACAACAGUGUAAGCAGCGAAUGCAAGCUCAUUAUCUUUCAAUGCGAAUUCAUAACGAAUUUAUUGAUAUUUGUGGUUCACACUUUCAAACAGCAAUCCUCCACGAAAUUGUGAAAGAUUAA